UCCGAUUUCUUCUCCUCUUUCCUCUGGUGUGUUUUUUGCCUUUCUUUUUCUCCCAAAGAAAUCUGAAUCCCGGAAAGGAAAGCUAAAAAUUUAAAUACUUUACGGUUCUUGAUUUUUCUCUUCGUUUUUAAUCGAAGCAUGAAGGUUUGAGUUUUUAAGGUUUUUUUUCUCAAUGAAGAACGGAUGUGCAAUGAUGGGGUUGAGGGAGGAUGAGAUUGAGCUGGAGCUGGGUAUGUCGAUCGGAAGGAGUUUCAGGAAGGCGGAGAAAUUGAAGCCAAUUAAGAACCCAAAUGGGAACGAUUCAAACACCGGUGGUUUUCCGGCGGAUCUUGAUCCGCAGACGAAGCGUGAGAUUCAAAUGCUGCGACGACAGGAGGCAAAGAAGAAGCAGCAGCAGAAGAGAGCGCUGAACAGGGGUACUCAAAACGGGGAGAUUCAGAGCAAAGAGAACUCGCCCGACCCAGAUGAGAAAGAAUGCAAGAAGAGCAGGGGAGACGGGUCUGGAUCCAAAUUGAAGAAAGUGAAUCUAAAUUUGGCGAUAGAACAAAGCGGGAAUCAUGACGACGCUGUUCCUAAUCCAGCGAUGUACCCGGUGAUUCCGGUGUCUGUACCGUACCUGUACCCGUUCCAGCAGCUGCAGUACGUCCCUUAUGCAAAUGGGUUUGCGUACCCUUGCUUGAAUGGGGCGCCCUGUUGGGGUGGUGACACCGGGGAUAAGAAUCCCGGCAAUGUGGUGCAGCCACAGACGAACCGAGGCUUUAGACCGUUUCAAGCGGGUCAGAAUUCGAAUGUCAAAGCGGGUAACACGUGCGUUUCGGAUCAGAAUAGUAGCAAAGAUGAAAAGAAUAGGAAAUCGGGUUCCAAUGGGUCGCCCAUGUGCAGUUCCUCUGUGGUUUCGGAUCUCCAUAGUUCAUCUAACCAAGGUGGUUACAGCAGCGAGAAUGGAACCCACUCAAGUCACUGCCAACAGGAAGGUCCAGAGCAUCAAAUGAAAAAUGGUUCAAUGGCAAGCAACCUUAGAGGCCAAUCUGAGCAGAGUGCUACUUCUCACCCAAUGGAUUCUGACCAGAGCAUCGACAUAUCAGGAAAAGGCAUUGAGAAAACAGCCUCAGUGAACGAAUCCAACCUGUCUAAGCCAAAGGGAGAUGCUGCAUUGGAAACCCGACCUAAUAUCAAUGGUGAGCCUGUUUUUAGUGCUGAAAAUUCAACUGCCAGUCCAGCAAAAGAUACCAAGAAAGACAUGGGCAAGCCUCCAAAACCUCAAGCCCCUCAUCCUGAUGGCGCCCUUAACUUCCUUCAUAUGCCUUGUGUUUCAACAACAGGCAAUGGUCCAAAUGGCAAAACCAUUAAUGGUUUCCUGUACAAAUAUACAAAAACAGAGGUCAGCAUCAUCUGUGUCUGCCAUGGAAGCUCAUUCUCACCAGCUGAGUUCGUGCAGCAUGCUGGAGGUACCGAUGUAUCUCAUCCCUUAAAACAUAUUACCGUGAUCCCCUCUGCUUUCUGAUUAUACAACAAAGCCAGUGAAUUCUAAUUGUUUCGGCUGAUCUUUAGUAUUCCGUGCGAACAGAGUUUUGAAUAGGAAAGAUGAAGUGAUAGGUCUAAUGGGAUGUGUAGUUUCUUUUUUCCUUUUUUGCCUUUGAUGACUGAAGCUCCUUAUUCGCAAGUGUAUGGAGGAGGUUCUAAUGGCUUUAUACUCUCUAACUCCAUUAACAGACUGAAAUUUCAGAUUAUGUUUUUUUGUAAAAAAUAUAUGUAUGUAUAUUUAAAAUAAAAUAAAAUAAUGUUU